GGCUCCCCGCUCCCUGGGUUCGGCAGAUUUGAACUGUGGCUGCUGAGCUUGUGCAUUGAGGCCGUAGAAGGACUGUUCAGCCUGUCUGCGGCCCACUAGAGUGGGCAGGUGGAGCUAUGUUCUGCCAGAGAGCGAACAGCGUGCGCUGGGUCGGGUCUGGGCCGGGGCCUGAGGAUCAGACUGAUGUUGCGGCUCUGGAGGGAACAGAAGGAGAAGGCCGAGUCCCUGGGGGUGAAGCGAUUAAGAUUUAUUUGGAAAAGAUUUCGUCCUCGUCUUCCGUCCUCAUCUUCUGUCCUCAUAGCUUCAGCCCCGGUAUCGUGGACGGCCCACUCGGUUAGGCUGCGUGGAGCCGCGUGGUCUGAUGCUUUAGGAACUCCCUUCACUGUGGCUUUUACUCCUAAUCUGGUGAUGUUGGCGGUAAGGACUUGGUGCGAGUAAUUCACCAAAAUGACAAACACAAAGGGAAAGAGGAGAGGCACCCGAUACAUGUUCUCUAGGCCUUUUAGAAAACAUGGAGUUGUUCCUUUGGCCACAUAUAUGCGAAUCUACAAGAAAGGUGAUAUUGUAGACAUCAAGGGAAUGGGUACUGUUCAAAAAGGCAUGCCACACAAAUGUUACCAUGGCAAAACUGGAAGAGUUUACAAUGUUACCCAGCAUGCUGUUGGCAUUGUUGUAAACAAACAAGUUAAGGGCAAGAUCCUCGCGAAGAGGAUUAAUGUUCGUAUUGAGCAUAUUAAGCACUCUAAGAGCCGAGAUAGCUUCCUGAAACGGGUGAAGGAAAAUGAUCAGAAAAAGAAGGAAGCCAAAGAGAAAGGUACCUGGGUUCAACUGAAGCGCCAGCCUGCGCCACCCAGAGAAGCCCACUUUGUGAGAACUAACGGAAAGGAGCCUGAGCUCCUGGAACCCAUUCCCUAUGAAUUCAUGGCAUAAUAAGCAUAUAACAUGGCACAAAGGAGUACUAGUGGACCCAUGUUUUUAGGAGCAAGAACCUAUUUAUUCCCCAUUAGCUCAUGGCAUAAUAUGUGUACAGCAUAGCACACAGGAUAACCAAUAGACCCCAUGUAACAGUGAUACAAGGUGCUGGGACCUAUUUCCCACGAAUUCAAAAGUCAAUUAACACUUUGUCACAUUAAAUGGCAAGGUGCCUCCCUGAGCUGCUGGAACCUCUUCCCCUAUGAAUUCAUGGCAUGGUAGAUACAAAUAA